UCUUUUUCAUUGGUGUAAUUACUUGCAGGGACGUGUCCUCCAUGGUGUCAUUGCUAGUCUUUAGAGGUUGACUAUCCAGAAAUAAGCAAUGUCUGGGUAUACGCCAGACGAGAAGCUCCGUUUUGAGCAGAUUAUAAAGCUCCGGAGGCAGUGGCUGAAGGAUCAGGAACUCAGUCCGAGGGAACCCGUGGUACAAGCUAAACCUCUCGGACCCGUUGCUAAAUUCUGGGCUGGCUUUCUGGAGCCCAAGACCCUGUGGCGGCUUUACACCUACAAAGCAUACAAAGGGGGAGUUUUCACAUUAACACGGCUUUUGAUACCUGGUUGGAUUAUUCACUACUAUGUGAAAUACCAUCUUGAUGAAAAGUUAUAUGGUAUUGUGGAGUUGAAACCCAAGCUAUUCCCAGGUGACGUCAUACUGGAGACAAAUGAAGUUGUUCCAGAUCUCCCCAAGACCCAUGGUCAUCACUGAAGAUGAACUGUCUCAGCAUAUUUCUUGCGUUUGUUAUAAAACUGUGUAUAUGCCAAUAAAAUAUUACAAAGUA